CCGCCACGGAAUCUUCUCUCAUCAAGUCAUCACUCAUUACUAAUCACUCAUACCCCUUUCUCUCUCUCUCUCAUACAGAGAAGACGUAAUUUUCUAUCAUUUCGCUCAGACGGAGAGAGAGAAGACAGCUUUUGGCAGUAGUGUUGAAACGCUCGCUGGUUGAAAAUUCAACCCCCCAGUCCUCGGCCCCGCUCGCCACUCCAAAAAUCUCUCUUUUCUUUUCACGCACACCCACACACACACUGUGCUCUGUUUUCUCGGACUGGGACGUUUUGCUGAUUGAUUCACUCACUCUACUCCUACGAAUAUCCGUUAUCUUUGAAACCCUCUAAUCUUUCUUCUUCCCUUUCUCUUUUCCCGAUUCAUACACAGGUUGAGGAUGUUGGUGGAGAAGGAGAAGAUGUAUAAUCCUGAGGAAGUGAUUGAGCAAUUUGAGGCGUUGACCAUGGAUGCUGGGAGGGUCCAAGAGGAGACUCUGAGGAAGAUUCUGCAAGAUAACAGUGAGACAGAGUAUCUGCUCAAAUGGGGUCUUAGUGGAAGAACUGACCCUGAGAGUUUCAAAGCUUGUAUCCCCCUUGUUUCCCACAAGGAUUUGGAGCCUUAUAUCCAGAGAAUUGCAGAUGGGGAUGCCUCUCCUAUUCUCACUGGCAAACCCAUUACCACCAUCUCACUCAGUUCUGGAACUACCCAGGGGAAGCCAAAGUUUGUGCCUUUCAAUGAUGAGUUGAUGGAUACUACUAUGCAGAUUUUCAAGACCUCUUUUGCUUUUAGGAACAGAGAUUUCCCAAUAGGGACUGGGAAGGCUUUGCAGUUUAUUUACAGUAGCAAACAGUUCAAGACAAAGGGCGGUUUAGCGGCUGGAACUGCUACUACUAAUGUGUACCGAAAUCAGCUGUUCAGCAAAACGAUGAGGGCGAUGAACACUCCGUGUUGCAGCCCGGAUGAAGUGAUAUUUGGCCCCGAUUUUCAUCAGUCUUUGUACUGUCACCUUCUGUGCGGGCUCGUUUUUUGCAAAGAAGUUCAAGUCAUCUCCUCCGCUUUUGCCCACAGCAUUAUCCAUGCUUUCCGCACUUUUGAACAAGUCUGGGAAGAGCUUUGUGCUGAUAUUCGAGAGGGGGUUCUGUCAAGCCGAAUCACGGUUCCCUCUAUUCGAGCUGCGAUGUCGAGACUGCUCAAACCGGAUCCCGAGCUGGCUGAUAGGAUUUACUACAAGUGCAAAGGCUUGAGUAAUUGGUAUGGACUAAUUCCGGAGUUGUUUCCUAACACAAGGUACAUUUAUGGGAUCAUGACGGGAUCGAUGGAACCUUACCUGAAGAAGUUGAGGCACUAUGCUGGGGAUUUGCCUCUGCUAAGUGCGGAUUACGGGUCAUCUGAAGGAUGGAUUGCUGCGAAUGUCAACCCCAAAUUUCCUCCCGAGUCGGUUACCUUUGCAGUGCUCCCUAACAUAGGGUAUUUCGAGUUUAUCCCCCUGAAGGAUAACGUAGAUGGUUUAGAGCUGGAGCCUAGCCCGGUUGGCUUAACUGAAGUCAAAGUCGGGGAGGAGUAUGAAAUCAUUGUCACCAACUUCGCAGGCUUGUAUCGUUAUCGGCUGGGGGAUGUUGUGAAGGUGAAGGGCUUCCACAACUCGACCCCCGAGCUGCAGUUCAUAUGCAGGAGGAACCUCCUGCUGAGCAUCAACAUCGACAAGAACACCGAGAAGGACCUGCAGAUAUCGGUGGAGGCAGCCGCGAAGAUCCUGGCCGACUCGAAGCUGGAAGUGGUGGACUUCACGAGCCACGUCAACACCUCGACAGACCCCGGGAACUAUGUGGUCUUCUGGGAGGUGAGCGGGGAAGCCAGCGACGAGGUCCUCAAGGAGUGCUGUAACUGCUUGGACCGCUCGUUCUUGGACGCGGGCUACAUGAGCUCCCGGAAGGUGAACUCCAUCGGGCCGCUGGAGCUCCGGGUGGUGAGACGGGGCACGUUUCACAAGAUUUUGGACCAUUAUGUAGGCUUAGGAGCUUCUGUUAGUCAGUUCAAGACUCCCAGGUGUGUUGGGGCAAAUAACACCGCGGUUCUUGCGAUUCUGUGCAACAAUGUGGUCAACACCUACUUUAGCACCGCAUAUGCAUAAUAGAUAGGCCUUGUCUUUGUGUCGUAAUAAUACUUUUGUCAAAAUGGUAUACAAAAUGGUGAAUUAGUUAUUUGUCUCCUUUCAUAAAAUUUGUAAGGUUAGGCAUGGCUGGUGGGUCUUGCAUGUCCCCCACACCAGAGCUCUUUAAAUUAGGGAAAAAUAUAUGUAUCUCAAUUUUAUAAAAUUCAC